UCUGCCAGCAGAGAGUGGAACGUCCAAGACGUCCAUCAGACCAUGUGUGAUCACACAAGAACGGGACAAACACGGCUGCAUCUGGAGGAAAUUACAGGAGCUGUCUCAGGUUCAAAAUGUUAACCAACUGGUUAACGUUCACAGCCAUUCUGGCCGCCUCAGCGAAUACAGAAAGGGCAGCAAUUGGCCGCGGCACUCUGACCGUUGCACCAACCGUCAGGGUCACGGGUCACCGAGAGGUACAGCUGACUUUAGACUGUGGAGACGGAAGGAAUGCAGGUGCAGUCCAGCACUGGCACACCCCCUUUGGAGACAUCCACGCCCCCUUUGGAGACAUCCACGCCCCCGGUUCCCACGGAAAACCGGCGCCCGUCGUCCUGCAGCGCGACGGGAGCCUGACGAUCCCCAACGCCAGCAGCUUCCACCGCGGCGUGUACUACUGCCUCCUGCGGCACACGACGGGCACGACACUGCGGCCCUACGACCUCCAUGUUGACGGCGCAUAUCAGCGUGGCGACGCGUUCAGGUUCCGGAGGGACGUUCGCUCGGAGGAGCAGACGGAGGCUGCAGUCUCACACGGUCACUUUGCAGGAGCUGUGGCGGCGUCAGUGCUGGUGACGUUUGCGGUGGGCUUCGGUGCUGGAGCUCUAACCAGGACCCCUGUUCUCAGGUGUUUAGGGGCAGUCACUACAAGGCUGCGAUCACCACGGCAACACCAUCGCCGAACUGACACGCCAGAGGGUGAUUUUGAAGCCACCAUGACAACCAAGCUGCCUACAUUCAACAACCAAGCCAUCAACAUGGUGCAGGAAUCAGACGAUGACUCUGCAGAUUGUACAGUGGCGGAGACGUCUUCAUCGACGCCCACACCUCUCCAAGCAAAACCGCAGAGAAGCUUCAGGCAAAAAGCGGACACCACGGCCUAUCUGGAGGGAUGGGACCACAUGGAGAAGAGUGCGGCAGAAGGUCACAUGGGUAGGAAUAAAGUGUGUGAUGGGGAGGCCAGGGGACAAGGGGAUUACUACCUGGAGGAUGGUGGGAGUCAAAGCGAAACGGAGGACAAGUGCAGCGAGUCCAACGAGGAUGUGGGCCAGAGAAGAGGAAGUACUGAGGAGAAAGGGAGGGAUCAAGAGGAGGUAAAUGACGGAGCAAAGAGGAAAGCGGACGGAGAGACAGACGUAUGCAGCAGCAAACAGGAGGGAGGGGGAGCCAGGUCGUCGUCGCCCCCCCCAGACCGCCAUAGACGCGUCAUCCGCCUGUACCAGUACGACGAGGAGGGCCGGCGAUACGGUCACCUUCCAGACGCCAACCCCGAGCCAGGCCCGGCCCAGAGACUAAAGCAGCGCUCGCUGUCAUUGACGCGCCUCAACGCCAUCAUGGCCGCCGCCUCUACGGGGCCACUGGACACCAGAGAGACGGGGGCGGGAGAGGAGAGGCCACGCUUCCACAUGGAGAUCUAAACCCCUCCAGCAGCACAUGCCUUGCAAAAAUAUAUACAUGCAUAUGGCAGCUGCAGCCAGUGCUACGCCCCAACGUGACGUCACCAGCAAGUGGAUAUCAACACCUCAUAUCAUCCUCUGAGCAGAUGGUGGGCACUCAGGUUCUUCAUAUCAGAUCAUAAGUAGCUUUCAGCCUUUCAGGGACAAACAAAGAGCAGGUUUCAUAAGUUCCAGGUUACAUCAGCUUAGGCUCAGCUUUUAAAAGAUGAAUUUGAGCUUUGAUAGCUAUGGCAACAGGUAAAAAAAAUAAAUAAAAAGUAGCUAGAUUAAUGCCGAUGGCAUUCACAGCACUCACCCACUUCACCGUUUAAUUAGAAACAGAUUUUUAUUGGAUUAUAUGUAAUAGGCCAAAUUGUCUAGACUGGUUUAGUGAAAGGACAGAUGGAUUUUCUGAUGAAUAAAAAGAUAACUAACCAUAAUUAUUGGGUUAAAAAAACAACAAUAACGUCCUCAUUUGAGCAAUCCAGGAGGUGUAAGAUGCAGGUGAGCAGGUCAGGGCCACACAGUAAGCUACCACAGUUAAAGAGCCAAAUUCAACACACACACCUUGGUUCUCUUUCUAAAAUGGAAAAGCCAGUUGACCCUCAUCUCAUGGUUAAAGUUUCAGCUGCUCUUGUCUUGGACGCCCAGACACUGCAUGAAUUACCAAAUUCCCACCAGACACGCGUGUACUUAAAAAGGUGUUCUGCCAAUUAUUACAAAGCGGUUCAUAAUACUUCCAUUUCCUUUUUAUUACUGUGAAAACAUCUAUAAACAAGACACAAAAUGGAAAAAAUAGUUAAGAAAACGUAAAUUCCACAACUCUUCUCUCUGUCCAUUCUUUGUGUUUGUCUUCUUAUCUUAAGAAUGUUUUCUUUCCUCCAAAUGAACACUAUAAAAGUGAACUCCAAGAGAGAAAGGCCUGUUCCCACAUGGAUAGGGAUGAUUCACUAGUCCAUAUUUGUGUGUGUGUGAGAUUGUUGAAGUCUGUCAAAGUAAGAUCUGUUUGUUUCCCCCCUCCUUCUUCCUCAAACAGUACAGGAGGUUCCUGCAGUGUUCUGUGUUUUUUUUCUUUUUUCUCCCCCCACUCUUCUUUUGGUGUUGUGACUUCAUCUGCUACAAUGCCGACCAAGUUUUCUGCCAUUCCACAAACUCGUCUAGCAGCACUGGCCCUGCGGACAAAAACCACGAGGACAUAAAUAAUAUUUACAGAUCCUACACUUUUUUCCCCCCCAAUAUAAAAAAAUGUAGCGCAGCCCACUAUAUAAAAUUGAUUUUUUUUUAAGUUACUCAAAACGUAAAUAUUUCACAGCUACCAUAGUGAUUAGUGGUAUAACAUCAAUCUGUCACUUCUCUGAACUUUUUUCCUCCAAUUAGUAAAUUAUUUAUUCUAACAGCACUUGAACCCAGCAUCAGCUAGUCUCUAAAUUUAAGACGGUGUUGUCCACAUCUAUGGAAUUCAUCUUGGGAAGUUGAGACAUUUGUGAAAGUUUUACUGGCCAAAUUACUGCAACCACUUAGUCACACAGUCCGUCGCAUAACGAGCGUCCUGGCAGUGCUGACCUUUGAGGGAACGGAGAGAAGUCUAAAUGCAGGAAGCUAUCAUAUUAGCAGUGUUGUGUAACUCUGGAGAGUCGACCAAGAGAGCUCUCCUUGCAUCCACUACUAAAAAAGGUAGUAGUUACAAAAAUAUCAAAUGUAAAGAAAACAUUUGGUCUCUAAAUUACACAAGUUCUUUUUUAAAUCCUUUAAAAUUGUUAUUGUUGAUGAGGAGGAAAAACAGCAACUAAAAUUGAAGGGUAGUCUGAGGCUAAAUGUAACCCCUUCACACUGAAGCAUAAAUAAAUCUCACCAAGAU